ACUAUCGACUUUGGACAUAAUACGAAGUAUCUUUGAUCAUUAAUGAGGUGGAUGUGUGACGGAUAAUGUGUGUUGUUGCCGUGUUGACAGGGAUAUAUUUGAUACAUAAUGCAAGAAGAUACGUUCCCUGCUGCCGAGAGGAUUUUGGCAGAUAUUGAGAAUGUGUUCAAGAGAGAUCCAAAGCUGAAAGAAUUCGACAUAAUUCCUGUUACUGUCAACCACAACAAGUCGCCGCUACAUCACGUGGAACACUGUUUAGCACUUGAAUCGUGGUGUGUGCGUCAUGUGUACUGCUAUGCGUAUCAUCGCCUCCUGGAUACGCGACAUUUCCGACAUCGAAGAGCAGAUCCAGAAGUAACGUCAAGACUGCUACUUGGAGCCCUUUUACUUAAUCCUGAUGUGUCUACAUUCUGGAACAUGAGAAAAGAGUUGGUUCAGUCAGGACGUUUGGAUGUUCAGUCUGAAUUGCAUUUCAGUGUUGUUAUAUUAUCUCGGAAGCCAAAAAGUGCAGAGGCAUUCUCAUACCGCAGGUACCUGUUGGAGAAAUUAUUGACAACAGGCGCAGACAAGAUACACUUACUGGAAGAGGAGUUGCAAGUGUGUGCGGUGGCAGCAGAUCGGUACGCUGGAAACUAUCAUGCCUGGCAACACAGAACAUGGAGUAUGAUGAGGCUUGCAGAAACUGAUCAGUUGUGGUUGAAGGAGUGGCAGUGGUCAGAAGGCUGGAUGUCUCUUCACAUAUCUGAUUACAGUGGAUUACAUUAUAGACAGUUUUUGCUGCGUCACUUGCUUGGAGAUGGAAACGCGGGUAUUGCAGCAUGUACAGAAAUAAUCACUUCUGAACUGGAAAGCAGUACAGAUCUUAUUACAAGGUAUCCAAGUCAUGAGGCACUGUGGAACUAUCGAAGAUCAGUUUUGACGUGUGCUAAAGAAUAUCUCCCAAAAUUUGACUCUUAUCCAAAUGCUGCAGUGCUCACAGCAUCUGUAAAUGGGAAGUGUGUUCCUGAGAAUGGUUUUGAAUGUGGGACAGUUUUUAAACCUGAAGAAUUUUGGAAGAGAAUUGUACAACAAGAACGUCAUUUUGUGGAAAGGUGUAAGAUGACAGACAAACAAUUUGUACUUCGUCACUUACACUGGAUGCUCAAAGCUCUUGGAGUUAACUUGGAAGAAGGAUGAGAAGAUAAGAAUAAUACACUAAAUUCAAGUACAAAAUUUAGUCCUUCUGCUCAAGACGUCCUGCACAUUACAGUUGUGGGCUUGAUGCUGCAGAGUCUUUAAUUCACUGACCAUCACUUUAGUCAUUGUGAGGAUUAUUGUUUGUGAAGUUGGAGGAGCAAUGAUUCACAGCUUGUUAAAAGCAGAAUGGUGCCUUAUUAUUUUUGGUUUGUUAAGAAUGAGUAAAUUGUACUGCAGUUGCCAUGUUGCCACACAACACAGUGGUAGCGCACAUUCACGCCCCCCCCCCCCCUCUCUUUCACACACACACACACACACACACACACACACACACACACACACACACACACACGGAGAGAGAGAGGGAGAGAGAGAGAGAGAGAGAGAGAGAGAGAGAGAGAGAGAGAGAGAGAGAGAGAGAGGUGUGUGUGUGUGUGUGUGUGUGUGUGUGUGUGUGUGUGUGUGUGUGUGUGUGUGGCGGAGGGAGGGUGGGGGGGGGAUGAGAGAGAGUGAUACAGAAGGGGGAAGACACCAUGACUUCUGUCCAGUUUUUCUGUGAAAAGAUGUGUAUCUUAACAGUUUAAUAAAUGGUGUAUAUCUGUGCCAUUUGAUGUUCAGUAUUAAGUUUUAUCUACUGAAGAAUCUGUUUCUGUACCUGUCGUUGUUGUUUAUGUUGUUUACUCUGAGUCAGAUAUUUUGUUUAUUGUUACUUUUUGGAAAUUAAAGUGGUGGUCGUGCUAUUUUUCUUGACAACUA